UUCGGUCUUGAUCAGACCUCAGGAAAGGCCAACGCGUCAAACGUCCGCCUCAAAGCCUCCCACAGCAACUCUUGCCACCACGACAACACCUGGGACAGGCCUUGGAACGAAAAAGAGCACUCGGAAGAAGGCCAUGAAGAACCCGAUAAUGCACAUUGCUGACCGAGAAAGAGAGCCAGCAACAUCUCGUAACAUCCUCUGUAAUUCCAGCAAACCGACGGUCUUUUCAGAAGCUUUUAUUCGGAACUGAUCAAUUCGAACUAAAAAGGAACAUGGCAUUGCUCAGAUGUAGACAAUAAACACUGAAACAGCCUCCCCAAUAUAAAACCAUGGAAGACCAGGUGGACCUUUUGGAAGCCCUCUGGCUGGAAGCCAAUUCCGACGAUGAGGAGCAAGAAACCAUCCACGGACUUCCCUGCAAUGAGAACUUGCAGCUUGACCCGAUGAGCGAGACCGAGCAAACGAUGUCGAUCAGGCGGAUGACAGCCCAGAUUUCGUUGAAGCUCCUGCAAGAAAGAGACUCAGGAGCACGAUCGGCAAUUUUAUUGACGAUGGCUGCCAACAUCAAUCACGUGAAGAAUUUGCUGCAAAUUUGCGAGUUAAGCAAGGAUCCCAAGACCACAACUCACGAGUUGUUUAUUUUGCGAGACGGUGUGGCGGCCAAAACCUUGUGGCGAUCGCAAAACUUGAGUCAUUUGAUCGCUUUGAACGCCACGGAAGUGCUGGCGAGAAGGUUGGUCCACUUCCAUCAGGACGAAAGUUUGAGUGAAUCCGGUGUGAUCUCAGCCUUUUGGAUUCUCUCGGCUUUGGCGACUAAAGACUCAAAAUUUAGCUGGCAAUUCGGAGGGGCCCUAAAGAUCAUCAAUCCCCUCUUAAAACGUCUUGCAUGCAAAUCUCUUGGCCUGUAUCCGAUUUUGCAGGUGGUGAAGGCCUUGGCACGCAACACUGAUGUGGCCCAAUCCCUCGGUGGUCAAGGAGUGGUCCAAACCAUCGUGGUCGUUUUUAGACAAGUUAUCCUCAAAAAGAAGUUUUGUCCCAAAAUAAAGGUGGCACUGGAGGCUUUGUUCAUGUUGGCAAAAUGCAAGUACAAUGUCAACCUCUUGGUGGCUGAAAAUCUUAGCCGAGACUUGCUAGAAAUUCUACAAAGUCAUAAAGCCAACUUAUGUCAGAAAAGACAAACCUUCAAGAUCUCCGGGUCCAUCUUGAAUAUUCUUCUUCACAUCAUUUCCAACAACCAAGGGAAAGCGAAUUUCCUGCGAGAUAAUGGAACCGAGAUCCUGAAGUCGUUUUGCCAGGACUUGACAAUCAAAGACCGUCGAGGAGAUCGGCUACUAAGUCGAUCCUGGACCAUCCUAAGUAAAUGUCGAACACCAAAGCUCCUGCCAAUCGCCGACGACUUCAGUCCCAUGCAAUUUGACGCGCCGGAGGUCCAUUGGAAAAAGCGAUCCAGCGGUUGCUACUCGUCAGCCACGUCCAGAGAGACCACGCCAGACACCGACGACGACGAGGUUGCUGAUGAUGAGUACGAGGAUGAGUACGAAUAUGAAUACGAGUAUGAAGACGGCGAGGACGAAGAAGAUGCCUUUGCCGAAGAGAUGCCUGGAGCCCUGACCGGCCUGUCCAAGACCAGUUCCAAAGUGUUCAAGGCUCAAAAACGCAGUGAUGACGAGUUGAGAGCCUCUUACGAUAAGUUCUUCAUCGAAUUGCAAUCGUUGAUGGGUGGGAACGGUACCGAAGAAUCAACUCCGAGUUUAUCGUCAAGUGUCACGGAGUUAUAUGAUCAACUUCAUACCGAGAGAGUUUGUGGCCUUUACUUGUUUGAGGACAUUGCUCUACCAGAUCGAUUGUUUCUUAACGACGCAUCUGGACCGGAGGAGUUUUUGCAUCAAAAGAAUUGCAAUAUAUACAGGGAAAAGCUUCUAAAGGUCUUGUAUAACGAAUGCAAGGAUAAUUCGAGAUCAUCGACAAACCUGAAUUCCUUCAUCCACGACAACGAUGAGCCCUCUGUGGAUCUUGAUGUGGUCUACGAUUUGGACCAACUUCUUGAUCCAAGUCACUCCAACGUUGGCUUCCAUUCCAGGGGGGAUUCCCUCCAGUUCGAGUCCCGCUUUGAAAGUGGAAAUCUGAGAAAGGUGAUCCGUCUGGUGCACCAAGAAUACAAUCUCAUCCUUACCCCCGACGUAAACACGGCCAAACAUCACCAAUGGUUCUAUUUCUCGGUGAAGAACAUGCGCUCUGAUCAAAUAUAUACCUUUAAUAUUAUCAACUAUGAGAAAACCAAUUCACAAUUUAACUUUGGAAUGCAACCGGUCAUGUUUUCCCAAUUGGAGUAUGAGCAAAGAGGCUUGGGCUGGACCCGAGUUGGCCAAGAUGUGAUCUAUUACAAAAACGAGUUCUCCAAAUCCAUGGCAGCGGGAUCAAAUUAUAUGACGGCCAGUUUCAAGAUCCAAUUUCCACAUUCCACAGGGGACGUUUGCUACUUAGCCUACCAUUUCCCAUAUACUUACACCCGUUUGCUGACGCACUUGGAAGUGUUGCAGUGUUCCAAAUCCCAAGAUACGUAUCUUCGUAUUGAUUCUUUGAACAAAACAUUGAACAAUCACGAUGUCCCUCUGAUCACGAUCACGUCCAACAAUGAUAACGCCAGACCACUUCUGGAACGAAAGCUCGUGGUUCUCACGUCUCGAGUUCAUCCCGGAGAAACCAAUGCUUCGUUCAUGAUGGAAGGAGUUCUGGAUCAACUCGUGAGCGAUUCACAACUAGCCUCAGUACUAAGAUCCAAUUUCAUCUUCAAGCUUGUUCCAAUGCUCAAUGUCGAAGGCGUCAUUAACGGAUGCCAUCGUUGUGGAUUGACUGGGGAUGAUUUGAAUCGUCAAUGGGACAAACCUCACCCCAUCCUUCAUCCCAGUGUGUAUCACGCCAAAGGUAUCUUGGCCUAUUGUCACCAAAUUCUAAAAACGUCGCAUCUGCCCGAUAAGAAACAACAAGCGGAUCAGCCUUUCUUGUUUUGCGAUUUCCACGGUCACUCUCGAAAAAAGAGCAUCUUUUUGUACGGAUGUUCGGGCGAUGAAAGCUGGCUUCCGUCCGAUUCCGAUCGUUCCACCAACAGCAGCCACACCGAGAAUCAGAAUAAGAUGCUUGCGGACCUUCUUCACAAUCGAUUCCAGGGCUUUGAGCGCAAAUCCUGCCGUUACGCAAUCGAAAAGAGCCGAGAAUCCACAGCCCGUGUUGUUGUCUGGCGAGAGUUCAAGGUUCAACAUUCGUACACCCUAGAAAGCACUUUCUGUGGCUUUAGCAAGCACGAAUACAAGGGCCAGCAAAUCAAACCAAGCCAUCUUUCAAGCAUGGGAAAAUGCUUUGUCAAUGCUCUUUUGGAAUUAGCCGAAGAGCAAGAAUCAACCUCAGUUGGAGAAAGAAAAUUGCAAAAGUAAGAUGAUCCUAUCUGGUGGUCCAAGAUGAUUAUCGUCACCAUUCCCGAUCUUGCUUCUCAAUCAAGGAUUAUUUGACGUUGUGAAAGUAUCAAUAAUAUUAUUUUGAAAUAAAUCAGUUUGAGUUACCUUCUGCACAAUGA